GACUACAACUCCCAGAAUCCCUUAGCAGAGUCGGAGGAGGGAGGAAAUUCCUUCCAGGCAGCAAUGGCUGAAGGGGCGGAGAGGAAGCCGCUGCUUGAGAUGGUCCAGGCAGAUGGGACAGAUGGAAACUGUGUCACAUUUGUGUUACAUGAUGAGGACCACACACUCGGCAACUCCCUCCGUUACAUGAUCAUGAAAAACUCUGAAGUGGAGUUUUGUGGUUACAGCAUCACACACCCAUCUGAAAGCAAAAUCAACUUCCGGAUCCAGACCAGAGGGGGGCUCCUGGCCAUUGAGCCAUUCCGGAGAGGACUGACAGAACUGGUGGAUGUCUGCCAGCACGUGCUCAGCAAGUUUGAGGCAAGCAUAAAGGAAUACAGGGCCCAAAGAGAGGAGGAAAUGGACUAGCCCCUGCAGCUGCUGGAGUACGGAAUGGACAUGUAUAUAUUGUUCGUUUAUGUUUAAUGCCCCUGUUGAAAGCGGUUUUAUUUUUUUUAUGACGAAUCUGAAGUAGACUGUGUAAUUUCUCUAAUAAACACUAUAAGGUUCA